UACUCAAACAACAUUCACGCACAGACAAAAGACUCCUCUCAAACUCAACUCCCAACUCAACUCACCUUCAAAAAUUUUCCCUUUUUAACUCAAAACCCUAACCCCUCACUUACCCACUUCUACACGAUUCUCGAACUUCACUUCAAUUCACUUUUCACCUCUUUUAUUCACAUACUCAGAUAGGUAUUUUUUAAAUGAAGGCUGUUUCUGCUUCUGCUGAAUUUGGGAUAAGCAUGAGGCAGUGGCUAUAGCCUGCUGAGAAAAAGGAAGUAUUGGUUUUCAUAUCUAAUAAGCAACAAAGAUGGAUGUUGCAGUGGUAGAUGCGGAUGGAGAAAAAGGUGAUGACUAUGUGGCAACAAAUGCUGAACCUGAUAAGUCAGAGAGACACCCUGUAACUGAAAAUUCUUCAGAAGAGCUUAGAAAUUGCGAUGAUGAUCAGAGUUCUAAACCAUGCCUCGGCAUGGAAUUUGACUCAGAAGAGGCUGCCAAGACCUUAUACGAGGCUUAUGCCAAGCUUAUGGGUUUUGCCACCCAAAAUGGUCAGUUUACCCGUGCUAAGCCAGAUGGCCCUAUUAUAACUUGGGAGUUUGCAUGUUCCAGGGAAGUGUUUAAGAGAAAGAAUGUCGAAAGCUGCAAUGCGAUGCUUAGGAUAGAGAGAAAUGAUUCAGAAAAAUGGAUUUUGACGAAGUUUGUGGAGGACCAUAACCAUUCUAUGGCGACUUCUAAUAAGGUUCAAUACCUUCGACCUCGUCGACAUUUUGCUGGUGCUGCGAAGAAUUCUUCUGGAUCGCUGGACGUCUCAAAUGAUCUUUAUGUUACAGUGGAUGGAAAUCAUGUAUCUUAUGAAACAAAUCAUAUAAGGAAUGUCUCCCCUGUAGAAUCAAAUCGUGCAGCUCGAAAUUUUUCCCCUGUAAACUAUUUUAGAUCUCCUGGUCGAAAGAGAACCCUGGGAAAAGAUGCCCAAAAUCUUCUUAACUAUUUCAAGAAGGUGCAGGCUGAAAACCCAGGCUUCUAUUAUGCAAUACAACUUGAUGAUGAGAACCGCAUGACUAAUGUUUUCUGGGCUGAUGCCAGAUCAAGGAUAGCUUAUAGUCACUUUGGCGAUGCAGUUAUUUUUGACACAAUGUAUAGACCAAAUCAGUAUCAGGUCCCCUUUGCUCCUUUCACUGGUGUAAAUCAUCAUGGUCAUGUGGUUCUGUUUGGUUGUGCAUUACUUCUAGACGAGUCAGAAUCUUCCUUUUCAUGGCUAUUUAGGACAUGGCUCUCUGCAAUGAAUGAUCGGCCUCCAGUCUCUAUCACCACUGACCAAGAUAGGGCCAUACAAGUAGCUGUUGCUCAGGUGUUCCCAGCUACUCGUCAUUGCAUUUGCAAGUGGCAUAUCUUGAGAGAAGGCCAAGAAAGGCUGGCUCAUAUCUACCUUUCUCAUCCAUCCUUCUAUGGCGAACUGUAUAGCUGCAUAAACUUUUCUGAGACAAUUGAGGACUUUGAGUCAUCAUGGUGCUGUCUCCUUGAGAAAUAUGACCUCCUAAAGAAUGAGUGGCUUCAUGCAGUAUACAAUGCUCGCAGACAGUGGGCCCCAGUUUAUUUUCGAGGCACUUUUUUUGCUGCACUUUCUUCAAACCAAGGUGUUAACUCCUUCUUUGAUGGGUUUGUGAAUCAACAGACCACCAUUCCAUUAUUCUUUAAGCAGUAUGAAAGGGCUUUAGAACAUUCUAUAGAAAAGGAAAUAGAAGCAGAUUAUGAUACUAUCUGUACCACACCAGUGCUAAAGACACCCUCACCAAUGGAACAACAGGCAGCCAACCUCUAUACCAAGAAAGUUUUUGGAAAGUUUCAGGAUGAACUAGUUGAAACUUUUGUAUAUACUGCAAAUAAGAUCGAGGGUGAUGGGGUGGUCAGUAAAUUUCGGGUUGCAAAAUACGAACAUGAUGACAAGGCUUACAUAGUCACGUUGAAUGUUUCAGAGAUGAAAGCAACUUGCAGUUGUCAAAUGUUUGAAUACUCAGGCAUUCUCUGUAGACAUAUAUUAACUGUCUUCACAGUAACAAAUGUUCUUACCCUUCCAAGCCAUUAUAUAUUAAAGCGAUGGACAAGGAAUGCCAAAUCUUGGAUUGGGCUGGAUGACCAAAACGCAGAUACACAAGGUAUUGAGACUCUCACCUUACGCUUCAACAAUCUUUGUCGAGAAGCAAUCAAAUAUGCUGAAGAAGGGGCAAUAGCAGUGGAGACUUACAAUGCAGCAAUUGCUGCUCUAAGAGAGGGUGGGAAAAAGAUUGCUGUGGUAAAGAAGAAUGUUGCUAAAGUCACACCUCCAAGCUCUCAGGGAUCUGGGAAUGGUCAUGAAGACAGUAACAAGAGAACUUCUCCAUCAGUUCCUGAAAUGGUCCCAUCGUUAUGGCCAUGGCAAGAGACAAUGCCGCAUCGCUUUAAUCUAAAUGAUUCUGGGGUUCAUGUUUCUGAUUUGAAUCAGCCCAGUAUGGCCCCUGUGUCUAUUCACCGUGAUUGUGGCACUCCCGACAGCCCGGUGGUGCUCACUUGUUUCAAGUCCAUGACGUGGGUGAUAGAGAAUAAAAAUUCAAGCCCAGCUGGUAAAGUAGCUGUCAUCAGCUUGAAGCUGCAAGAUUAUGGAAAGAAUCCUUCAGGAGAGACUGAGGUACAAUUCAGACUAACAAGGGUCACACUGGAACCGAUGUUGAGAUCCAUGGCCUACAUCAGUCAGCAACUCUCAGCACCAGCAAAUAAGGUUGCCGUCAUCAAUCUGAAGCUGCAAGAUACAAAGACAACUUCAGGAGAAACAGAGGUGAAAUUUCAAGUGUCACGAGAUACACUGGGUUCCAUGUUGAAAUCAAUGGCCUACAUCCGUGAGCAACUGUGAAAGCUGCUGACUGAAACCAGAGGUGAGAAGCUUGUAGCAUAUAUAGAGCCAAGAAAGGUGUGUCCCUUUUGGUGAAAUAACCAAAUUUUAUGUAGCAUUGUGAAUGUGGAAGAUUGAUAGAAAUGGAAAUUAGUUGGUAGUUAGGUUAUGUUUACUGCUAAUCGAUGUCGAUUAGUUAUAGUUUAGGUGAUGGUCAAUUACAUUUCUAACGUCUAGAAAAAAAAAAUUAUAUAUAUAUAUAUAUCACUAUUUCUUGUGUAACAUUUUGGUUACUUGAUUUGUACAUGUAAGUUGUGAAGAAGAAGACUCCUACAUUUACUUAAUGAACACUGCACAUAAUUUGUUUGUA